GGCCACUCUGCAAAGGUUUGCUUGAGGAAAGCAACUGUAGCCUACAGGCUAUUUCCAUUCCCCAUACUGAGUCCACUCAUGUGCGUCUGGCGUCUGUCCUGAACCAAAGAGGCGGUCCUCGGCGUCACGUCAUAUCAUCCGCCGCGCUCUGAUUGGACAGCACUACUCACCCGACACAGCUGUGAUUGUUUUCUGCAGAGGAAGUGCUCCGCACUGCUCCGGGUUCCCCAGCAUUCACUUGUGACUGUGUGAACUAACGAUGAUGUGAGGGAAAUCACGCUGAUAUUUGGGACCUUGUUGCGAACAAAACGGGAGUUUUUGUGGAGAGCGCGAGCGAAGACACCUGAAGAAUAAGUGCCAAAUGCCGAGACUUGAGGACCACUGCUCUUGUACAUCUAAACACUUAUCUGGAGCCAAGUGGUUCGUAUACAAAGCCGAAGAAAUGAUGUCCCUCAUCACCUCCAUGCUGAGCCAAGCUUACGGCUCUCUGCACGACGUCCGCACAGCCAACCUCAUCCGCCGUGGUCUGGUCCUGUUCACGGUGGGAGCCAUCCUCGCCCUGGUGCUCAACCUGCUGCAGAUCCAGAGAAACGUCACCCUCUUUCCCGAGGAGGUCAUGACAACUUUGUUCUCGUCUGCCUGGUGGAUCCCGCCAUGCUGCGGCACAGGGGCAGCUGUGGUGGGCCUGCUGUACCCGUGUCUGGACAGCCACCUGGGAGAACCGCACAAGUUCAAGAGGGAGUGGGCCAGCGUCAUGAGAUGCAUUGCUGUGUUUGUCGGCAUCAACCAUGCCAGUGUUAAACUGGAUAUUGAUAACACCGUCCAACUGUCCCUCACCCUGGCAGCCCUGUCUCUGGGACUUUGGUGGACCUUCGACCGAUCCAGAAGUGGUUUUGGUCUGGGCAUCACCACAGCCUUCCUAGCCACGGUUAUCUCGCAGGUUCUAGUCUACAACGGAGUCUACCAGUACACUUCGCCAGACUUCCUGUAUGUUCGCUCCUGGCUCCCGUGUAUUUUCUUCUCAGGUGGAGUCACUGUGGGAAACAUUGGCCGCCAGCUUGCUAUGGGUGGUGUUGAAAAACUUCACAAUGACUGAACACUAACCUGCCGAAGAGCAAAACAGCCAAAAAUAAGGGGACAAGAAUGCAGCAGGAAAUGAACAAAGUUUGAGAUGGAACCCUCCCAUCAUCAUUUGCUCUCCUAACAAGGCACUGGUCCAGCCAGGCCUUCACACAGUGCCAUGUCCUCUGCUCCGCCCUGUGGCCACAUCGCCCAUCUGCAGCUUUCCUCCAUGAAGACCAGCUUCACCUGACUUGUGUUCAGGAAAGGAUCUUGCUCGUUCACAAACUCACGAGUGCGUCAUGUGUGCUGUGAUUGCAUUUUUACAAAAAGGGAAAUAGGAGUCCAGUGUCUCCACUUACAUGAAAAAGUAUUUUUCAUGUUUUUAAGAUCAGAUUUGAGUAUUCAUUUUUAAUAGACCCAAAACAAGAUUGUAAGAUGCCAAUUAGUUUUUGACAAGUAGUUGAAAACAAGGUUGCCAAACCAGUAGACAAUUUGUCCAUGAAAAGGUUUUGAGUUGGUUAAUCCCUGAUAUACAUGGGGUAACAUGGCAUUUCAGUAUGAGGAAUGUUUUUUCUUUACUUUUCCAAGCGUUCUAUUGGACAUGUACCAGGUGGUGACUUCUCUUUUGCGACUGGAGUUUUCUGAUAACAGUUUGGGAAUCAUGAAGGCCCCAAAAGGGCAGGACAAUUGUUACUAGAGACAAAAAGAAUUGCAAUCUGUGAUUGCCUCUGUAUUAUCAAAAGUAGUGCUUUUGUCACUGUAACACUUUUGUUUUAUUGUACCAUGUAAAGAUAUCACAUUAUGAAUAAUGGCUUAUAAUCAAACCGGUAUCGUCAGACUAGACCAACAGUAUGGUAGUAGACGAGGGUCUAGAGGACAAAGUGCAAUCAGUAUACGUGAGCCGAUUUGUACCUUUUUAUUUAUUUUUCUGACUAUGACUAAAAUUGUAUGCAGUGUGAAAAUACUGGUUUUGGACACUUUCAGAUUUGAUGCCUUUGGAGUGAAAAGCAGUGGCCCUCACUCUGUCAGGAAAACCAGUACAGUAGAAGUGAUUGGUUAUUGUAGCAUUACUGAAGGAAUGCUGAUUUUUGAAUGCUCUGUGGUAGAUCAAACAUUCAGGUGUGCUAAAUACGACAGGAAGCUUUAUUUUUGAGGUGGUGAAGCACCAUUUUUUUCUUUUAUUGCAUUUUGUGUGUCUGAUAUUUGAAAUGUGUAUCAUUUUUGCUACUUAAAAUAAAUCCAAAUAACAAAAACAAGCUUA